CCCCCUCCCCUCUUUUAUAACUCAACUUACAUAUUGACCUGUCGCAUCCCUUUCCACUGAGACAAAUGAGAUACUCCAGGCGCUAUUAAACAUGUCUUCUUCUUCUAAAUCUGCUCUUACUACCCAGGAACUCCAGACCCUUGCCUCCAAGGCGAUUGCUGCUAAAGCUACGGCCUACUGUCCGUAUUCUAAAUUCCGCGUUGGAGCAUGUAUUCUCACCCAGUCUGGUGAAUACAUCGUCGGCGCCAAUGUCGAAAACGCUUCCUAUCCGGUUGGCACAUGCGCAGAACGAGUGGCCUUUGGUACUGCUGUCGUCGCUGGAUAUCAUGACUUCAAAGCUGUUGCUGUCGCUACUGACAGUAACCUUCCAGCGUCCCCGUGCGGCAUGUGCAGACAGUUGUAAGUUCGAACCCUCCUCGUCUUGCUCUUUCUUGCUUCAUUUCUGUGUCUUCGGUCGACUCGCAUGAUGAGGG